GACUGAAUCACCCAGGAUCAGCAGGAGAUCAGUUUUUGAAUUGUGAACUUGAAGAUAACAUUGCUUCUAGACAUGGCAGUUUAUAUCUUCAUACUAAUUUGUUGGCUAACACAGCAGGUGACCAGCCAAUCAGUCCUCGACAUGGCCAACAACACAUUUGAUGAUCAGUAUGAGGGCUGUAUCGAAGCAAUGGAGGAAAAGGCACCCCAGCUGUUAAAAGAAGAGCUAAGCGUGAAUGAAAAUUUUWAAAAUAAAUGGGAAAAAGCUGAGAAAAAAUGGAAGCAAAUAAAGUCCAAAGUAAACUAUCCAGAAAAUUUCAAUGAUUUCCAUGGAACUGCUAUAGUGGCCUAUACUGGGGAAAUUGCAAUAGAUUUUAACCGAGCUGUAAGAGAAUUCAGACUAAAUCCACAGAAGUUUCAGUACAAGGCCUUCCAUUAUUAUUUGACAAGAGCUCUUCAGCUUCUGAGGACAUCCCAGUGUAACCAAGUUUUUAGAGGCUCUCAAACCAAAUUUUAUUACAGUGGGGCCGGUAGUGUACGAUUUGGGCAAUUCACUUCGUCAUCUUUGAAUAGAAAUAUAGCUGUUUCUCCAGUAUUUCUUGGUGCUCAUGGGACAUUGUUUGUUAUCAGAACCUGUUUGGGUGUUAAUAUCAAAGAAUUCUCUUUCUACUCUAAAGAAGAGGAAGUGUUAAUACCAGGAUAUGAAGUGUAUCAGAAGGUCACCGUAAAACAAACUGGUAAAAAUCACAAUGAAAUUUCCCUCGAAGCUCCCCAAAAACGAAAGAGUAACUUCAAUUGCUUAUAUGCUCAUUCUACUCCAAUUCACAGCAAAUCAAACAUCAAUUUCAAGAGUUCAGGCCCUGUGUUCCCGCUGCUGCUGCUGGUGCUGCUGCUUGCUGAGCCAUAGCCCUUGGCCUGAAGUCUCUCUUCUUUGACU